CUCUGCUUGGGUCUCUGGACCAUCUUUUUAUUAAUUUUUCAAAAAAGGGAGUCUGUCCAAAAAUAUAUACUGGCAUGAAUUAGGUGAAAAAGUUGGGCAUGAAAAAAAGGGUGCGAGUUUAUGGGCCAGCCAUUCCACAUAGAGAAUUGAGAGGCCCAAACUGCGGCCCAACAGUCAGCGAAAGUCAACUACCCAGCCCCCCACGGAGGAUCAAGGCACGGUCACACACACACACCAGUCCACAACAGCCGAACUGACCGGUCGCGGAGCGGAACAGGCCUUCGCCCGGUCAGCGGCCUGUCAACGCCGGCGCAUGCCCUUCUCCCCGCGCCGCCGCCUCCGCCGCCUCGCCCGCAGCCUCCGAGCCAUGUACCCCUCCGCCGCAGCGCCAGAUGCCGACGCCACCGCGGGCGACGAGCGCCGCGCGUGGGAGCCGCCCUUCGACGCCUCCGCGCCGGCGCCGCCCAUGUCCUACCCAAUCACGGACCUCGCCGCGCUCGCGUCGCGCGCCUACCUCUCCGCCGCCGCCAACUUCCACCUCCCCUUCAACAUGGCCUCCGUCCCUGGGUCCGGGGAUCCGCUCCCUGCACGCCGGCGCGUCCUGGUGUGCCACGACAUGGAGGGCGGCUACCGCGACGACGCGGCGGCGCAGGGCGGGGGCAACCCGGACGCCUACGCGCUCUGGCACUGGCACCUCAUCGACGUCUUCGUCUACUUCUCGCACUACCUCGUCACCCUCCCGCCGCCCUGCUGGACCAACGCCGCCCACCUACACGGCGUCAAGGUGUUGGGAACGUUCAUCACGGAGUGGGAUAAAGGUGCGGAAGUUUGCAAGGAGAUGCUUGCCACGGAGGCUUCUGCCCAGAUGUAUGCCGAGAGGCUUACGGAGCUGGCUGCUGCCUUGGGCUUCGAUGGCUGGCUGAUAAACAUUGAGGUUAAACUUGACGUUCAGUUCAUCGAUAACCUGAAAGAGUUCGUCAAUCAUCUAACCAAGACGAUGCAUGCUGCCGUUCCUGGAUCUUUGGUCAUAUGGUAUGAUGCAAUCACUGUUAAAGGUGACCUCGACUGGCAGAAUAAGCUCAACAAGUAUAACAAGCCAUUCUUUGAUUUAUGUGACGGGUUGUUUGCCAACUAUACUUGGAAGAAAAAAGACCCGGAAGAUUCAGCUGCAGUUGCUGGAGACAGGAAAUAUGAUGUCUACAUGGGUAUUGAUGUUUUUGGACGAAAUACUUUCGGUGGUGGUCAAUGGACUACAAAUGUUGCCCUUGAUCUACUUAAGAAAGUUGAUGUCUCAACUGCCAUAUUUGCUCCUGGAUGGGUAUAUGAAACUAAACAACCCCCAGACUUUGAGAGUGCACAAAAUCGUUGGUGGGGCCUUGUUGAAAAAUCAUGGGGAGUUCUUCGGAGGUAUCCAAAACAGUUGCCGUUUUACACAUAUUUUGAUCAGGGUCAUGGCUAUCAGGUGUCUAUUAAAGGGCACCAAGUCUCCAGUGAUCCAUGGAACAAUAUUUCUUCCCAAAGUUUUCAGCCUAUGCUUAAGUACACCGGAGAUCAAGCUCAACUGCAAGCCUUUAUAAAUUUCAAGGAUGAACCAUACAGUGGAGGGAAUUGCUUGACAGUCAAAGGAAGCCUCCGGCAGAACAUUAUUUUCUCAGAGCAGCUUUUUAAUGGAGGACUUGGAAUGGAAGAUGGAUCUAUUCAUCUAUUUUAUUCGGUAAGAGCCGAUGCAGGCUCUGCGUUAGGAUUGUCCCUGAACUUGUCUUCAAACAAGCAGAGUACUUCAAUUCUUGUUGCAGAGGACAUAGCAUCAUUCAUCACAAAGAAACAAAAUCACAAGUAUGGCUCGUAUGUUAAAGCUGAUGAGGUGGAGCCACAUGCUCCAGAUAACCAAGGUUGGGUCCUCUACGAAGCAACUCUUCAGUCCAGUUCCGGCUACAAAUUAACUGGAAUCAACGUUGUUUGCACAUUGAAAAUAGCUGGCGAAAUGAGUCCAGAAACAGAGGAGGAUAUGAUCUCGGAAGCAAAUGCAAAUGGAUCAUCACCGUAUCACGUGUCACUUGGUCACAUAAGUAUUCAAAAGACUGAUGCAAACACAGAGUUCCCUCCAGCAGGAUCAUGGGUAACUGAAGGCGAGCACAUCUCAUGGUCCAACAGUUCUGACACAACAAAACGUGUGAGUCUGAAACUCAGCUGGAAGUUGAAUACCCUUGAUCAACCAUCAUUCAGGCAGUACAACAUCUACGUUGAGAAGUCAACGGCAGAUCCAAACAUCAAGGCUUCCAGAAGCUAUCUUGGAGUUGCUAGUGUUGACGCCUUCUAUGUCUCGGGCCUAGAGGUUCCCAGCGAAGUCACUGAUCUUAAAUUCAUUAUUCAAGCGUGUGCACACGAUGGAAGCUGGCAAGAACUUGAGAAAUGCCCAAAGUUCCUUUUAGUUCCAGUUCAUUCCGAGCUGUAACAUUCUUUUAAUUUGGUGCGGUGUUCUGUUUUUCUUUCAGUACAAACUGCUGUGGUCCUAUUUCUUCAGCAUGUCUGCUCAUCUGUUCUGCAAAAUUGCUUGGGGUCUCUCUUCUCGCCGAUAUAUCUGACCGAAGAUUUCUAGAGAAGGAUGAAACUUUUGCUGGUCCACCAAAACAUCCUUGUAAGGGAAUGCCAGUGCAUUGAGCACUGUAGUUAUGCCUGUCCUAUCACCAGCAAAGGAAAUAGAAACUUUGGCUUGGUCACAUAGUGCAGGUGGGGCAUCCUAGCCAGUGACUAGAGCUAAGCUUUUCACUUGGUUUCAAAAUUCAGAAGUGACUGGUUGAUCAGGCCAUUUCCGUUCA